AAACUACCAGCCCGCUGUUCUCUGUAUUGCAUGUCCCUCCUAACUUCUACAUGUUCUGCUGCACAGAAGAACCCAACUGAACAGAGUUCAUUCAUCGAAGGUUAAUCAUCAGGUUGUUGAGAGGACGGACAAUAUAUUCCAGAGAGCAUCUACAGCUUGGUGGAUAACCCUUCUUAUCAUCAUCAACAGAAUGGAUUCCAAGAAGCCAUCUCUAGUAGUACCAGUACAUCACAGAUGGUGGUUUCUGCCAAUCUGUCUUUUCCUUGUUGUCAGCCUCUUCCUAAACCAGAUGUCUGAUGCAGCUGCUACAGAUAUGGUAGGAGAACCUGAACUAGCUGAUGAAGCAAGAGCUGCACUACCGGACCAACCAGAACUGGCAAAAGACAGUGAACAAACAACAUUGGACCAGCCAGAACCAACAAGUGAACAACAACAGAAAGUACCAGAUAAUCCAGAACCAGUAACUGAACAUGGACAGCUAUUACCAGAACAUCCAAAGGUAAUAGGUGAACAUGGCCAAAUAAUACCAGAUCACACAGAAAUAUUAGGUAAACAAGAACAGACACCAGUAGACCAUCGACAGCCAACAUCUGAAAUGACAACAACAGUGCCAGAGUGGUUCACUACUGAAGACCGAGGUGAUGUACAGACACUGACAGCAUGGUCUGCACCUAUACUGUGGGAAGGAACAUUUAACCGAGAUUUUCUUAACAAGAAGCACAAGAAGGAAAAAACUGUCAUUGGACUUGCAGUGUUUGCUCCUGGCAGAUACUUCGAACAAUAUCUGAAAUCUUUCCUGGACUCAGCAGAGCAGUACUUCAUGAUUGGACAAACAGUUAUCUACUAUGUCAUGGUUGAUGAUGUUUCCAAGGUGCCCUAUUUCUUUUUGCCACGCAAGAGAUUCAUGAAAGUCUUCAAGAUCAAGCAAGAGGCACGCUGGCAAGACAACAGCAUGAUGCGAAUGCACUUCCUUGGAGAGCUGAUCGACAGCCACAUUGAGCAUGAAGCUGACUACAUAUUCUGUAUGGAAGUUAACCAGCGAUUCACUGGUCCAUUUGGGGCUGAAGCCCUUGGAGAUUUGGUUGGUCAAAUCAAAGCAGAGUUUUACAAAGCACCAAAAGAGCAAUUUGUCUAUGAAAGAAAUAUGGACUCAGCUGCUUUUAUUUCUUUUGAUGAAGGAGAUUUCUAUUACCACGCUGCAGUCUUUGGUGGAAUUCCAUCCAAAGUCUUCCAUCUUGUGCGAACUUGCUAUGAAGGGAUCAAAAAGGACAGGAAGAAAAAUAUAGAGGCUACAAGGUAUGAAGAAAGUCACCUAAAUCGAUACUUACUGGAUCACAAACCAACUUUGUUGUUAUCUCCAGAGUAUUGUUGGGAGAAUGAGUUAGACAAAAAUCCAGAUAUAAAAAUAGUACGUUUAUCAUGGACAGUAACACAACAUGAUGCAGUUUCAGGAAACUAAAGAGACAAUAAGUAGUUGUGUCUUGGAUGGCACUACUUAAAAGGUAACAGUUUAGACAACCCCAGUGAAAGCAGUGCAGUUUUGAUGCAAAAGAUGCAAAUGAGAAAGUUAUAGUACUAUGUGAUACUCAUAGCAGAGUAAUGUAAUGGUGGUUUCUGAGAUUGCAACAUCUGAUAUUCUGUUACCCAUGAUCUUUUACAAAUAAUGAUUUAAUUUAGAUGAACAAUUAUAGCUGCCACCUUCAGUAUCUGGAUACAGAAUUACGAUUUUUAA